CCAAAGUAUGUGAGCCCACAAAGUACGCGAAUUCGCUACUAAAGUUGUUAAAUAAGCAACUAGUAUUGCAACUAGUUGCAUUUAUAUGUUACAUAACUAAAUAAAUAAAGCAGAAAGUAUAGAUCAUUUUAUUUGCAAUGCAUUACCAUGUGGCCAUUUGCAAGUAAUGCAAAAAAGGUUAGGUAUCAUUGAUUCUACUGUCGAUAUCAUUUUAAACUUGUUUAAAGGUAUGUGAAACAUUGAUAUCGAGAGCAAUUAAAAAGUAAUAAUUCUGGUGCAUUUGUUAACUUGUAAAAGUAUUUAAAAAUAUGAAUCAAGAAUCGGUAAAAGGUUGCACAUUAUAUGUCUGGUGGUUGUUCAAAUUAUUUGGCUUUCCAAUAACUAUUCCAUGGUUGAUAUAUCAUUUAUUCGAUAUCAUGCAACAAAAACGAAAAAAAGCCAUGCUCAGUGGAAAGGUUGUAAUUAUAACUGGGGCUAGUUCAGGAUUAGGAGAAGCUUUAGCUCAUAUUUUUUACGAUUGUGGUUGUAAAAUUAUUUUAAUUUCUAGAAGAAAGGAAGAAUUGGAAAGAGUAAAAAGUUCUUUGAUAAAUACUCAUCACACAAUACCUACUCAUCCUCCAAUAGUUUUACCAUUGGAUAUAACUAAUAUUAAUUCUCUGCAAUCUGAAAUGGGAAAAAUAAUUGAGAUUCAUGGAAAAGUUGAUAUUUUAAUAAAUAAUGCUGGCAUUUCUUAUAGAGGGAAAGUUAUUAAUACUAAUGUAGAUGUGGAUAUAAAAGUUAUGCUUACAAAUUACUUUGCACAAAUAGCAUUAGCAAAAGCUGUUCUUCCAUUUAUGGUGGAACGACAAUCUGGUCACAUAGUGUGUAUAAGUAGUAUACAAGGAAAAAUUUCUAUUCCAUACAGAACUGCAUAUGCUGCCUCUAAACAUGCAUUACAAGCAUGGUGUGAUGGUUGUAGAGCAGAACUAGCAAAUCAAAAUAUAAAAGUUAGUGUUAUAAGUCCUGGUUAUGUACGAACUGCUCUUUCUCUUAAUGCAUUAACAGGAAGUGGGCAAGUUUAUGGAGUCAUGGACAAAACAACACAAGAGGGUUACUCUCCAGAAUAUGUCGCAAAUUGUACUUUAAAGGCAAUAUUAAAAGAGUAUAAAGAUGUAUUAGUAUCUCCAAUAGCACCAAAGCUUGCAAUAUAUUUACGAACUUUAUGGCCAUCACUUUAUUUCUGGAUAAUGCAGAAGCGAGCAGAAAAGUUAGAAAAAGACGCGUAAUUUUGUGUAAAUUAUUGUACGAAGCAGUGUUUUUAUAGAUUACUAUUGUACUAUAUUCUACGAUUUUAUUAUUUGUACAAAACAAUUUAU